AUGGAUUCGCUUGUUAAAAGCUUGAUUGAUCGCGGAAGGCGAGAAAAGGAGCUUCAAAAAAGUUUGCGAAGUGAAGAAGAAGAUCCUCCAGCACCUAGAAGAAAUUUCAAAAUCGAGCAACUCGAUAAAAAUGAUGAACGUUUCGAGCAGAAAAAACAUGAGAUUGAACAACGUCAAAAAUAUUAUGUAGUGAGUUAUUUCGUUUGGAAAAAUUAAUAAAAAAUUAUGUAUUUUCAGAAUAAACAAUGUGUAGUAUAUCAAACUGCAAAAAUUGACAAUAUUUACUAUCAAAAACCGUAUCCGAAGCAUUUUUCGGAUAAUGGAGAAGACGGGCGGUAUGGUUCAGCGUUUGGGAUUUUAGAUGAAAUGUUUCCCAAUAUGUAAGUCAUGUGCAUUAGGAAAACAAAUAAAAUUGAAGAAUUGUUCAGGGAAAACCCGGAAAAACCGCCAUGGUCUGGAUUUCCUGGAACAUCCGUGGAUAAACUUCUAGACAAUGCCAUAAUUCCUGCCGAAAACCCGUGUACUUCAAGAUACGAAGAAGAAAUCGAAAAGUUUCUUGACAACAAAACAGAUAGCCCAAGCGCUAUGGAAUCUUGGGUUUUGGAGAGUUGUCAGAUUGAUUUUCCUGAAAAUAUCAAUUUGGAAAGGGAUAGUUUAUCACUAACAAUUCACGAUUCUUCAAAUCAUCCAUGGAUGUCAAUUUAUAAACCGAGAAAUUAUUUGGAACCUUUGCUCAGGCCUGUAAUUAUCAAUGGAGCAGAUUUUGAAUUUGAUAUAUUGGUGCGAAUUUUGAUGCAUUUUUUGACAGAAGGAAAUCGAUGUGUAGCACUUUUUCCUGAAGAUUUUUCUGCGGGGAGAAAUGAGGAUUUCGAAACUUUGAAGAAAUUCAAAUUAGUUCAAAUUGUCCCGGAGCAUUCGGAGUUAUCAUGGAAACAAAAUCUUGCUCACAUAGCUCGAAGAAUCCAAGCGAUUAUUGUGGCAAAUUUCGAAGUGGCUGGUUAUCAUCGCCGAAUUUUUCCGCUAAUUCUAGAUCAGGAAAUAAUCUGGCCAUCAUCUCAAAGGCAUCAAAUGAAUUUGAAUAUCCAAGCAAAAUAUUGGAAAUGCUACGAACCGAAAAACGAAGGAAUUCUGGAUUUUUCAACGAAAAUUGGGCAACAAUUGUAUUUGGCAGAGCAGGCGAUGUUUAUCUCGAUUUUGUUGAAUUUGAAAGCCGUGAAUAUUCGAGUGCAUAGGGAUUUCUAUGAUGAUCCGAUUUUUUGGCGAGUCAAAACAAUUUAUUAUUUGAUCAAGUUUCGGGGAAAUUCGGGAAUCUUUUGGGAUCACAAAAAUGGUCCCCCGGGAAAUCGAUUGAUUUCGAAAAAUUGGAAAGAAGUUGCAGAACUGGUAGAUGAUGAUUUUUGA